AUGAUAUUAACUAUAGUAAUAAUAAUUUUAACAGUAAUUUUUGUAAAUAAAUAUUUAUUAAAUAAUGGUGGUAAAAAUGAUUUACGAAAAGUACAAGGUCCAUUCAAUUUACCAUUAUUAGGUGCAUUAUAUGCAUUUGAUAAAGAAAGAUUUCAUAAAAGUUUUGAUAAAUUUUAUGACAAAUAUAAAGAUUUUUAUUUCAUUAAAUUUGGUCAACAUGAUUGUAUUGUUUUAAAUUCACCAAAAUUAAUUAAACAAGUUGUAAUAGAACAAAGUGAUAGUGUUUUCGAAAGAUUUCAUACACCAUCAAUUAAAAGAUACGCUCAAGGUAAAAGUAUUUUAGGAUGUAGUCCUGAUGAAUGGAAAAAGUUAAGAUCAUUCAUUGUAAUUUCAUUUUCAAAAAAUAAAAUGGGUCAACAAGUAUUGGAUAAAAUAUUUCAUACUCAAUAUUUAAAAUUUGAAAAUCAUAUUAAAAAAUUAAUCAAAUCAAAUAAUAAUAUCGUUACAUUGGAGCCUGAAUUUAAAAGACUUACAAUUAGUAUUAUUUUCAAUUUUCAAUUUGGUACAGAUUUAGAAUUUACUGAUCCAUUAAUUGAUUCUUUAUUAGUGUGUACUGAAAAAAUAAUUGCAAGUUGUCAAAAAGCAUCAGAUUUAAUGCCAAUAUUUGAAAUAUUUACAAGUUAUAAAGAUAUUGAUGGUGUAGUUAAAGAAAUGUAUGCAUUGGUUAAACCAUUUUUAGAGAAAUAUUUAAAACAACACGACAGAAAUAAUCCAAAAUGUGCAUUAGAUCAUAUGAUAAAUUGUAUAUUAGAUCAAGAUGAACCAAAAUUAAUUACAUAUGAACAUUUGCCACAUUUCUUAAUGGAUAUGUUUAUAGGUGGUACUGAAUCAACUGCUAGAACAAUGGACUGGUUUACAUUAAUGAUGACAAAUAGAAAAGAGAUGCAAGAUAGAAUACGUACAGAAUUAUUAGAUGUUGGUAUUAGAUUACCAGUUUUAGUUGAUAAACAAAAGUAUCCAUUGUUAAAUGCAUCAAUUAAAGAAAUUCAUAGAUUAAGACCAAUUCAACCUAUUAUUGCUUCACGUGUUGUUAAUGAUCCAAUUGUUUUAAAACAUGAAUGUAGUGCCAAAGGUGAAAGUUAUACUAUUCCAGUUGGUACAUUAAUCAUACCAAAUGCACAUUCAUUCAACUUUGAUCCACAAUAUCACAAAGACCCAUUAACUUUCAAUCCAAAUCGUUACAUUGGUGAUAAUCCUGAAAUCCUUCAUAUGACAUUUGAUAUUGGUAUUAGAACAUGUCCAUUCAUGUCAUUUGCUAUCGAUGAAUUGUUUAUUAUAUUCUCUAGAUUAUUCCAGUCUUUUGAAUUCCAACCAAUUGACAAUACACCAAUAUCAGAAGAAGCUUUUACAAUUAAUUCAAUUAGACCAAAACAAUGGUCAUGUCAAGUAAUUGAAAGAGAUCAUAAAUAA